UUUAAUAAGUAUUUUAAUGAGCUAUGAGUUUUUAAAUAAAUACUGAAAAUUGACACUGGUAUAACUGUCAAGAUGUUACAAGAAAUUUUUCAGUACUUUAUGAAAUAUACAUAGAAAAUCAUUUCUAGUAAUACUUAUGUUCUGUGUAGAACAUUUAAAUAGAAUUCAAAUCAUUGGGAAAUUAUCAACUAAAAUUUAAAUUAUCUUUCAGGUUGAAAUGGAGAGAAAGAAAGAAUUUAGUCUGGUUAUAAAGGAGCAGCCAAUUUGAGGAUGUUUAUGCUAACAAAUGAUGUAAUUUUAGGUAUCCUUUGUCUUGUGAAAUUGUAUCAAACUUUUAAGCUUAUUUACAUGUCUGAAUUAUUUUUCUGUGUCUACAGUUCUUAAGAUGUCUUGUUACAUCAGAUUUUGGAGCUGUUUCCUUCUAUCUAUUUAAUAGGUCUCAAAUCUGAAGUGAAGAACCAGUCAGGAGAACUAAAGUUCAUUCUGCUGGGAUUGACUGAUGACCCACAAUUGCAAAUGGUGAUUUUUAUAUUUCUCUUUCUAAAUUAUAUGUUGAGUGUGAAGGGGAACCUAUUCAUCAUCCUUCUUAUCUUGCUGGAUCCCCGUCUCAAGACUCCCAUGUAUUUUUUCCUCCAAAACUUCUCCUUCUUGGAAGUUUCAUUAACCACAGUCUGCAUUCCCAGAUUCUUAAUAAGCAUCAUAACUAAAAACAAAAUAAUUUCCUACAAUGGUUGUGCAUCUCAGUUAUUCUUUUUCCUCGUAUUAGGUGUUACAGAAUUUUACCUGCUAGCUGCCAUGUCUUUUGAUCGUUAUGUAGCAAUCUGCAAACCCCUACAUUACCCAAUCAUUAUGAGCAAAAAAGUGUGCUACCAACUUGUACUUAGUUCAUGGGCAGCUGGCUUUCUGCUUACCUUUCCACCACUGGUCUUGGGAUUGAAACGGGAAUUCUGUGCUUCCAAAGUAAUUGAUCACUUCAUAUGUGACACUUCCCCUGUGCUGCAGAUUUCUUGCACAGACACUCACCUCCUAGAAUUGAUUUCAUUUGGGUCAGCUGUUGUAACUCUGGGGGUUACAUUGUUGUUAGUGACUCUUUCCUACACAUAUAUUAUCAAGACCAUUCUAAACAUCCCCUCUGCCCAGAAAAGGUCAAAGGCUUUCUCCACUUGCUCUUCUCACAUGAUUGUAGUCUCCCUUACUUAUGGCAGCUGUAUCUUUAUUUACGUGAAGCCAUCAGCAAAGGAAAGGGUGACUUUAUCCAAAGGAGUAGCAGUUAUCUAUACGUCAGUUGCCCCUUUAUUAAACCCCUUCAUUUACACUCUAAGGAACCAGCAAGUGAAACAGGCCUUCAAGGAUACACUCCAAAAGGUUGUUUAUUUCAAUAAAUGAGGGAAAAAUUAAGUUUAAAAU